CUCACUGCGCAUGCGCAAAGUCUCCCUGCGCGCCUGCGCACUGGGCCGGCCGGCGGUUGCCGUGGAGACGGCGUCAGCGGAGCCGGGGAGGGAGCGGUCGCGGUUCCGCCGCCAUGAGCUCGGAGCCGGGGCCGGGUCUGCCCUUCCUCCCGGGCUACGCCUUCCGGGACCCCAUGAAAACGUCUUUCCAUCGGUCGCAGACUCUGGGCUACAGAAAUGGAUUCGCCUUUUCUCGGCUGCCGACGGUGGGGGCCGGCGGGGAGCGGCUCCACGUCAAUCAGCUUUCUCAAGCUGAAUUAGAUGAUUUAUCCAAUGCGAGACCUGUGCUGACCUAUGGGCCGGCCAAGCCGGCUCCACCUUCGGGCUUCGUUCCAGCACACGUGGCUUUUGACAAAAAGAUUUUGAAGUUUGAUGCCUAUUUCCAGGAAGACGUUCCUCUCUCUCAACAAGAGCAUUACCGGAUCCGCCAAGUGGGUAUCUAUUACUAUUUGGAAGAUGACAGCAUGACCGUCAUCGAGCCUUUCGUGGACAAUGCGGGUUUUCGCCAAGGCACGCUUCUCCGACGCCACCGCGUGCCCAAGAACGACCAGGGGGAGCAUUACCACUGGAAAGAUCUGAAUCGGGGCAUGAACAUCACCAUGUACGGCAGGACGUACCGCAUCGUCGACUGCGACCGAUUCACACAGGUGUUCCUGGAGAGCCAAGGAAUUGAGCUGAACCCUCCAGAGGAGAUGGUUUUCGAUCCCUACAUAGAAAUGCGUCGGACACCUAUGCGCAAGUACAUCACACCUUCAGAUUUCGACCAAUUCAAACAGUUUCUGACUUACGACAAGCAGGUCCUUCGCUUCUACGCCAUUUGGGACGACACUAACAACAUGUUUGGUGAGAAACGGUCUUGUAUCAUCCAUUACUACUUGGCAGAUGACACAGUGGAGGUUCGGGAAGUCUACAAGCAAAAUGACGGCAAAGAUCGAUUCCCAGUACUGAUAAGACGCCAACGCUUGCCCAAAACCUUAGUGGAAAAGACAAAGAACUUCCCAAGCUGUGUGAUGGAGAUCUCUGAUCACGAGGUACUGGAGUGGUACACAGCUAAAGAUUUUGCGGUCGGCAAGUCUACCACCCUCCUCGGACGCACUUUCUUCAUCUAUGAUUGCGAUGAGUUCACACGAAACUUCUACCGUGACAAAUUUGGCAUCACAGACUUCCAUCCGGUGGAAAUGGAGAAGAAACCACCUGAGGAAGUUCCACAGGUAAUUCCUCCCUAUAAUGGUUUUGGCAUGCUCGAAGACUCUCUUCAGAACUGCUUUUCUCUGAUUCCAAAGCCUCCCCGGAAAGACAUUGCUAAAAUGCUAGAGAAUGACAAGAAGGUGCUGCGAUACCAGGUGGCCCUGGAAUCACCAAACCCUGAGGACAGAAAGCGUCGUUUCAUCCUCUCGUAUUUCCUCUCUGACGACAUGAUCAGUAUCUACGAACCCCCAGUCCGUAACUCUGGCAUCAUCGGAGGCAAAUACUUAAGAAAGACCAGAGUCGCCAAGCCAGGCUCUACUACAGAGAAUGCCACAUACUAUGAGCCCUCUGACCUCAUCAUCGGUUCAACAAUUGAAGUGUUUGGCCACAGGUUUGUUAUCACCGACGCCGAUGAAUACGUGCUUAAUUACAUGGAGAGCAACGCAGAGCGUUUCCCUGCGGCCACGCUGCAGUCCCUGAGGGAUCAUAUUCGCCCGCAGCAGGUGGGGAAGGAGGCUGCCAACAGCGACAUCCCUGCACUUGGGACCAGCAGGCAAGAACUGGAUGACUUAAUUGUGCAGGUUCGGGAAGAGCUGAAGCUCCAUAAGCACUUGAACAUCGACAAUGUUCGUAAGGAGCUUCUUCAGUGCGACCAGGAUGGCUCUGGCAUCGUGGACAAAGGGACGUUUUUAGCUGCCCUUGAGAGCACAUGUGUGCCUACCAAUGCCUUGCUGGUUAACAAGUUGAUUGACCUAUGUUCUUGUGGAGAAGACAAGAUAAACUACCGUGACUUCCUUAGAGCUCUACCCUCCUGAUCUUCCCCCAGAAGAUGAAGAACAAGACCAGCAAUAAAAUUCCUAUGAGUUAAGACGUACUUCAAAAAGUACGAUGCUCUGGUCGUCACCCUUGCUUCACUCACUCUCCCCCUUUCUGUCCCUACUAGAACCAACUAAUUCCACCCUCACUUUGACUUUUGUUCCUUCCAAGCCUCUCCCUGCCCUUUUAGCUGCCACCAAACUCAACCUCGCAACUGGAUAUUGAAACCCACAUGAGAAAGAAAUUUGGAGAACCAAAGCCAGGUUCUCCUGCUGAUUUCUCAACUUGUUAAUACAGCACAAGGUUUGCUAGAGCUGAAGCUCUCUAAAGCCUGGAGUCGUAACCACUCUAGAUUUCUCUUACAGAGUCUAAAGGUGCUUUUCAUCUUCAAGCAGCAAAAACUGCCAGCUUCAAUUGUUAUUUUCGUUGUUAUUUCCAUUGCAGGAUAAUCUAACUAUGAUAAACUCACUUUUGCGAGUCGGAAUGUAAGCAAGUCAUGCGUGGCUGCUAAAAAAUUAAUAAAUCUGCUUUAAAUAAAUUA